GAAUGCAGCUGUAUCUUCUCAUCCUUUGAGCGGUCGAUAUCCUACAUUUCAUGCAAGUGGUCUAGGCAACUGGUAUGCUGUUUUAUCUUAUGAUGCAUCUGUCCGGCUAUGCCUUCACUCGUGGGCAAGGGGCUGUAUGGAAGCUCCUCCCUUUUUGGAAAAUGAAUGUUCGCUGCUGAGGGAUGCAUUGGGUUGAGAAAUAUAUUAUUACAAUCAGAGGAAGAGCUGAUGAGGAAAGAUCCUUCUGAACUUGUGGGUGAAGGUGCUUUUGUAAAGUCUAAGAAAACCAUCGGGAAGAUUAAAGUUCAAGUUCGUAAAGUGAAAAUGGGGAUGGAGCAACCCACUGGUUGCACGUUUACAUCUUUAAAGUCUUCAUCCAUGGUGAAGCUGGAAACAUUUCAGCAAAGGUUAUCAAAUGUGAAAUCGAUUGUGUCUUCCGAGACAAGGGCAUUGCGGACACAAAAUAUAACCCCGGUUGUCAAUUUAAACGGCUCAUUAUUGCAUAAAAGAGUUGCACACGUAAUUGUUGGGACUCGUAGGUACUUGAGAGAAGUACCCAAGCUCAUUAAAAUCGGCUUUAAUGCUUGGCGUAAAAGUUCAUCAACUUAUGAAUUGGUACAAGAAUCAUAUUCUUGUUUGUUGAGAUUGAAAAGUUCGCCUGAAGAGGAUGCAUUGAGAAUGCAACCGGGAUCUGGUGAAACACGUGUCUUCUUGCCAGAUGGAUUUGGAGAUGAUUUGAUAAUCGAAGUCCAAGAUUCAAAGGGAAAGUAUUGUGGGCAUGCUCUUGUUCAGGUGGCUGACAUUGCUGAUGAAUCGGGGGAGAAGCAUCGUCAGUGUAUUAUAUCUCGAGAACCAGAGCACGAACAAAUUGGGAAAAUACAGUUAUACAUCAACUAUUCAACCACUGCAGAUGAAAAUGGUUAUAAGUGUACAUCUGUAGCAGAGACUAUCGCUUACGAUUGUGUUUUGGAGACUGCGAUGAAAGUCCAACUGUUUCAGCAACGAAACUUGUUGCUACAUGGUUCGUGGAAAUGGUUGGUGGAUGAAUUUGCAUCUUAUUUUGGUGUUUCUGAUGCAUACACAAAGCUCAGAUACCUUUCAUACGUUAUGGAUGUCGCCACACCAACAGCAGAUUGUCUUGACUUGGUGCAUGACUUCCUGCUGCCCGUGGUAAUCAAAGACAAAAGUAAGCACACAUUGAGUCACCAAGAGGUCCGUCUUCUGGGAGAAGUUUCUGAUCAAAUUGAGCAGAUACUCACUGUAGUCUUCGAGAAUUACAAGUCACUUGACGAAUCAUUGCCGUCGGGUAUUAAAGAUGUAUUCGGACCUGCCACAGGAGUGGCCGCACCUGCGCUUGAUCCAGCUUUGAAGCUCUACAAAAUGCUGCACGACAUUCUUUCACCUGAGGUGCAGUUAAAGCUGUGCAGAUAUUUCCAAAAUGCUACGAGAAAAAGGUCAAGGAGGCACUUGUCAGAAACUGAUGAGUUCAUUUCGACCAAUAACGAAAACAUUUUAUUGGAUCCCUUGGCCGUCUCCACAGCAUAUAAGAAAAUGAAAACACUUUGCUUGAACAUCCGCAAUGAGAUCCUAACAGACAUUGAAAUCCAUAAGCAAGAUCUUCUUCCUAGUUUUAUAGACCUUCCAAACCUCUCAUCAUCAAUAUAUAGCACAGAACUCUACAACAGAUUAAAAGAGUUCCUUGUAUCUUGCCCUCCUUCCGGUCCUUCGCCUCCGGUUGCAGAACUUGUGGUAGCUACGGCCGAUUUUCAAAGGGAUCUUUCUUUGUGGAAUAUUAGUUAUAUCAAAGGAGGGGUUGAUGCUAAAGAGCUGUUUCAUCUGUACAUAACCAUUUGGAUCCAAGAUAAACGUCUUGCUUUACUCGAUUUAUGCAAACUCGACAGGGUAAAGUCCGCCUCCUUUCCGACAACUCCAUUCAUCGAUGAUAUCUAUGGCCGGAUAAAGGAGACCCUGACUGAAUAUGAUGUGAUUAUCAGUCGCUGGCCGGAAUAUACUUUUGCUUUGGAAACUGCCAUAGCAGAUGUUGAGAAGACCGUGGUUGAGACCUUGGAGAAGCAGUACGCUGACGUCCUAUCUUUAUUGAAAGAAAACACGAAUAAUAAGAGAUUUGGCCUCAAAUAUGUCCAGAAAUUCACAAAGGGAAAUUCUCCUCCUUAUGUUGUUACUGCUGAGUUGGGCGUCCUUCUGAACUCGAUGAAAAGGAUGCUGGACAGUCUGCGCCCCCAGAUAGAAGCGCAGUUGAAGCAGUGGGGCUCGUGCAUGCCUGAAGUCGGGAACAUGGUCCCCGGAGAGAAACUGAGCGAGAUUACAGUAAUGAUAAGGUCCAAAUUCAGAGCUUACGCACAGGCUGUCGUAGAUAAGCUCGUUGAAAAUACGAAGCUGCACAAUGUGACGAAGCUGAAGAAAAUAAUUCAAGACGCUAAGGAAAACGUGAUAGAGUCCGAUUUGAGGCAGAGGAUGCAGCCUUUGAAGGAGAUGCUGACUAAUACAAUCAAUCAGUUGCACAGCGUGCUUGAAGCUCAAGUGUUUGUGAUGGUCUGUUGUGGUUUCUGGGAUCGAAUGGGCCAGGACGUCUUGAAGUUUCUAGAAGGCAAGAAGGAGAACCGGUCGUGUUACAAAGCCUCGCGAGUUGCAGUAAAUGUUCUAGACGACGCGUUUGCAUCACAGAUGCAGCAGUUGAUGGGCAACGCGCUGCUGGAGAAGGACUUGGAGCCCCCGCGGUGCAUUCUUGAAGUGCGGUCAAUGCUCUGCAAAGAUUUGACGAACAACAAGAGAGGCAACUACUACUAUUAGAGACGAGGGGCUUGAACGUGACUGGAUCUGCUCGUUGCACGGCCAGGAUUUGAAGUAACUGGAGAAGUAGGAAUGGCAGAGAGAGCAGAACUGGUUUGAUGAAAAAUGAAUGUUCUAAUUAAUUUGAAAAGGGAAAGAAAGAAAAGGCCAAUAGCUCAUGGCCAUCAGCAUAAACAAACAAUACCUGUAUUCAUAAGUUGUGAAUUUUUGUAUUCAAAACAUGUUUCCUCGUAAAUAAAGAAUCAAAGAAUUGUGACUCCA